CGAAUGCCGAAAGUGAGGUUUCCAUUCUCCGGCUGUUCAUAUACCGCUAAUCCGAUAUAUGUCGCCUGCACUCUCGGUGGAACUGACUUAUAUGUCAUAAACCUGAGAAAUGUACAGAAUAUUGCACGUGCCAUACGCCGGAACGGCACGCAACUUGCGAAGCUCCUGCGGGUGAAGAUGGUCGGAGAGGGUCGAACACCUUGAUAUCUUAAGCUGCGGUCGGAACCCCCAAUGUUAGGGUUUCGGAGUAGUGGGUCAACAUUAAGUAUGGUAGGUUUACUUUGCUUCCGUGGUUACGAUGUCAACCUGAACCCCUCAAAACUCUGUGUAUUCCGUUAAACAAUGGACUCAAUUU